CGACAGGGAAAAUCCAUGUGGAGGCUGAACUGACAAAUUGAUGUCCAACUAAUAUUUCAUUUAUGUACAUACUCGAAAGGUUCAAUGCGCACAAUUGAAGGCAUUGUGCAUAUGAUGGAGAUCAAGAAAUUUCAAUUCAUUUCCUUGAUUUGGACCAUUUUGCUCAUAGCAGUUUGCUGCUCCAUAGCAGUUUUGUUGUUGGUGUUGAUCUGCAUUGCAACGCCUUGUGCAGCCUCGGUGAGAGCGAGGAUGAAAACAGCAAUGGAAACUAUGAAAAGCUUGAUAUCAGGAAUAAUUCAGGAUCGGUAUCAGUGGAAGUGAUCAAGAUUGGACUUACCUUUCUCGCUGAGAUAGAUAUGAGACCCCUUUGAAGUCUCCAUCUAAGAAGGUACAGUCGUAUCACAGCUAGCGUGCUAGCUUACACUGGAUGUUGUCUCACCAACAUCCGGUGAAAAAAUUCCUCAACUCUCUUAUGUAAUCUGAACACAUAAAUACUAAAUGGUGACGGUGAUGGGACUAGUCACAAGUUUGAGUCAGACGUCCAUUUUAGUCUCAUGAAAGCAUGCAUAAUGCGCAAUUCAUGAGGCGAGCCUAGUAUUUUGCACGUAGUAUAUAUCUUGCUCCCUGACUUGAAUCCUUCACAAAGAAGUCUGGAUACCUGGAUAAAGAAGAAGAUUAUUAAAUAUGAGUGAUCAG